AUGCGGGAUAUAUCUCCAUAUUUCCAGGUUGGAUGGGUCGUUGAUCUCAUCACUAACAACUAUAAGAGCAUAUCCAUUGUCGAAGCAUCAAUUGCAGACCUUGCCGCAGCCCUUUCUCAUGGUCAGACCAACAGUGUUGAACUGACUGCAAAACACUUGGUUCGAAUUGCGAAGUAUGACCGACGCUCCACCAAUCUCAAUGCAGUGCCUGUCGUCAACGAGCAUGCAUUCUAUGUUGCUCAGGCGUCGGACGAUCGCCGAGCAAAGGGCAAGGCCGUGAACACCUUAGAUGGCAUACCAUGCACAAUCAAAGAUUCUUACAAGAUCGAAGGCAUGACUGUCGCCUCUGGAUCACCAGCCUUCCAGAAUCUUAUUGCGAAUGAAGAUGCAUUCACUGUCAGGAAGAUCAGGGAAGCUGGUGCGGUCAUCCUCGGUCGAACAAACAUGCCACCUAUGGCUGCUGGCGGUAUGCAGCGAGGUGUAUACGGUCGAGCUGAGUCACCAUACAACGCAGAAUAUCUCACUGCUGCUUUCGCCUCUGGGUCGUCAAAUGGCUCGGCCACAGCUACGGCGUCUAGUUUUGGGGUCUUCGGCAUGGGUGAGGAGACCAUCUCAUCUGGGCGAUCGCCUGCAUCAAAUAAUGGCCUUGUGGCAUACACUCCAUCGCGAGGUUUGAUCUCCAUCAGGGGCAAUUGGCCGCUCUUCCCAACUUGCGAUACCGUUGUUCCACAUACGAGGACUGUGGAUGACAUGUUCGCGUUGCUUGACGUGAUCGUCGCGAAGGAUGAUGAGACGGCUUGCGACUUCUGGAGGGCGCAGCCCUUCGUCAAGCUCCCUGAGGUCGACACAAUACGACCAAAAUCCUACCACUCACUCUCCGAAGCAAAGUCUCUGUUGGGCAAGAAGAUCGGUGUGCCCAAGAUGUAUAUUGGAGGCACUGACUCCGAUCCGACCGCACGCAAAGUCCACACUCGCCAAUCAGUUAUCGUCCUCUGGCAGAACGCGCGUAAGGUCCUCGAAAGCGCGGGCGCAACUGUCAUCGAAGUUGACUUCCCCGUCGUCACCAAAUUCGAAGCCCCCGAUUCAUCCCGCAACGACGGCCUCGUUGAAGAAUCCACCGCGCCACCUCACCACAACGAAAUCGACAUGUGCCGGCUGAUGGCCUACGCAUGGGACGACUUCCUCGCCGCCAAUGCCGACUCCAACCUCGCCACCAGCCUCUCUCAAAUCGACUCCGCAAGCAUCUUCCCGCGCCCGCAGGGUAGCGUACCAGAUAAAUACGACUCCAACGACCCGCUCGUCCGCCACACUGAUGUCGUCGCACAUAUCACACCUGGCCGACCAGAUACAUACUCGAUUCCCAAUCUCGGUCCCGCACUGCGCAACCUUGAAGCGAUGCGCAAAGCUACGUUUGAAGACUGGCUCGUCGAGCUCGGUCUCGACGCCGUUGUCUGGCCGUGUAACGGCGAUGUAGGACGCGCCGACGCCGACAUCAACGAGCAUUCUGCAGCAGACGCAUGGCGCAACGGCGUCUUGUAUUCGAACGGCAAUUGUGCGAUUCGCCAGUUGGGUAUCCCGACGAUAAGUGUGCCUAUGGGCGUCAUGAAGGAUAUUGACAUGCCAGUGAACCUGACGUUCGCGGGACGCGCGUAUGCAGAUAGUGAGCUUUUGCAAUAUGCAUACGCGUUUGAGAAGGGGAGUAAGUUGCGACAAGCGCCGAAGAGAACGCCGGAGUUGAAGAGCGAUCGGAUCGAGAUUGGGGGUAGGAAGAAGGAGAUUGGCUCUAAAGCGCCGGGUUUGACGGCGAGCGCGGUCAAGCAGGGAGGGAAGGUGAAGGUUUCGGGCACGUAUGAUGAGGGCGUGGAGUCUUUGCAAGUCUUUGUCGACGGGGACGAAAUUGAGGGUGUUGUUAUCGAGAGAGGAAAGUGGGAAGUGGAGUCAGGUGAGCUUAGUCCGUGGAUGGGAAGGGCAGAGGAGAAGGGAGUGCCGGACCCAGAGAAGGCUAUGGUUAUUGUGUUGGCGCGCGGUAUGAAUAGUAGGUCUACGGGUGAGAUUCUCUUUGUUUAG